AUGACGAAGGCCACCGCGGAGGAGCCGGACCUCGUGGUCACCGGGGCGGCGGACAGCGUGAGCGUCGCGCAGUUCCCCACCCUGCAGAGGUACAUCAUGGCCCGCACUGGGGACCACGAGAUGUCCCUGCUGCUGAUGGCGCUGACCCUCGCCUGCAAGGCCACGUCGCGCGCGUGCUGCAAGGCGGGCAUCGGCAACCUCUUCGGCCUCGCGGGCGAGGUGAACUCCACCGGCGACGACCAGAAGAAGCUGGAUGUGCUGUCCAACGACAUCUUUAUCGACGCCCUGGUGAACAGUGGCACGUGCGCCGUGCUGGUCUCAGAGGAGAACGAGGACCCCAUCUUCGUGCCCGCGGCGAAGGCGGGGCGCUUCAUCGUCGCGUUCGAUCCCCUCGACGGCAGCAGCAACAUCGACUGCAACGUCAGCACGGGGACCAUUUUCGGCGUCUACGAGAAGAAGAGCAGCGGAAAGGAGCCAGCCACUUUGGACGACGUCCUGCGCAAAGGCAGCGACCUCCUCGUGGCUGGGUACUGCAUGUACGGAGCCGCCACGGAGCUCGUCAUAACCUUCAAGGGUCACGGGGUGCACCGCUUCACGCUCGACCCGUCGCUCGGGGAGUUCGUGCACAUCAAAGCGCACGUGAAGCUUCCGGAGGGUGGCGGGAAGAAGAUCUACAGUUGCAAUGAGGGCAACAGCCAGGCUCGUCGUAUUGGGACGCCGCCAUGCAGUCGAUCGUCGAGAAGUGGAAGGAGGGCGCCAAGCCGUACAGUGCCAGGUACGUCGGCUCCAUGGUGUCAGACGUGCACCGCACGAUAUUGUACGGCGGCAUCUACCUCUACCCCGCGGACAAGAAGGAGCCGAACGGGAAGCUGA